GACCGAACUCCACAUCAGUUGUUUCCAGCCGGCGUGUUUUUGUGAACGUACCAGUCUCGCCCAACAACAAAAUAAACGUAAAGAUAAUAAGGUCAUGGAGUUUGCAGAGCUGAUAAAGACACCCAGGGUGGAUGGGGUUGUCCUGCACCGGCCUUUUAUGCCAACUGUAGAGGGGACCCUGUGUUUGACUGGCCAUCAUCUCAUUCUUUCGUCCAGACAGGACAACACGGAAGAGCUUUGGCUGCUUCAUUCAAACAUAGACUCUAUAGAGAAGAGAUUUGUGGGGUCUGUAGGAAGCAUCAUUGUCAAAUGCAAAGACCUAAGGGUGAUCCAGCUGGAUAUCCCUGGUAUGGAGGAGUGUCUCAACAUUGCCAGCUCUGUUGAGGCUCUGUCCACACUUGACUCAGUCUCCUUGAUGUACCCUUUCUUCUACCGGCCCAUGUUCGAGGUCAUAGAAGAUGGCUGGAAUUCUUUCCUUCCAGAGGAUGCCUUUAAAGAUCUGGAGUCUAUGACUGAUGAGUGGAGACUGAGUGAAGUAAACAGGGACUUCAGUGUGUGUCCGUCAUACCCCCCUCUAGUGGCAGUGCCUAAAGAUGUUGAUGAUGACACACUGAGAAAAGUAGCAGCUUUCCGUCACAGUAGUCGUUUUCCAGUACUCAGCUAUUACCACAAAAAGAAUGGCAUGGUGAUGAUGCGAGCAGGACAGCCUCUGCCUGGAACCAAUGGGCGACGGUGUAAGGAAGAUGAAAAGCUGAUCAAUGCCACACUGCGGCCGGGCAAACGUGGCUACGUCAUUGACACACGCACUAUUAAUGUUGCCCAGCAGGCCAAAGCUCGAGGUGGAGGAUUUGAGUCUGAGGCUAACUACCCCCAGUGGAGGAGAAUCCACAAGGCCAUUGAAAGGGCUAAUGUCCUCCAGGAGAGCCUGAUUAAGCUGGUGGAGGCGUGUAAUGACCAGUCACACAGCAUGGACCGCUGGUUAAGCAAGCUGGAGGCUUCCAACUGGCAGACCCAUGUCAAGGAGAUCCUCACCACUGCCUGUCUGGCUGCCCAGUGUAUCGACAGGGAGGGUGCAUCAGUGCUUGUUCACGGUACAGAAGGGACAGACUCCACCCUGCAAGUGACCUCCUUGGCUCAGAUCAUCCUUGAUCCAGCCUGCAGGACCAUCAGAGGCUUCCAGGGCCUGGUGGAGCGAGAGUGGCUCCAGGCGGGUCACCCAUUCCAGCAGCGCUGUGCCCAGUCAGCUUACUCCAAUAGCAAACCUCGCCAAGAGGCUCCUGUCUUCCUGCUCUUCUUGGAUUGUGUGUGGCAGAUCCUUCGCCAGUUUCCCUGCUCCUUUGAAUUCAGCGAGAGCUUCCUGGUGCUGCUCUUCGAACACGCCUAUGCCUCUCAGUUUGGUACUUUCCUGGGCAACAGUGCAGCCGAGAGAGCCAAACUGUCUCUGCCUGAGAAGACUGUGUCCCUUUGGUCGUGGGUGAAUCGGCCCCAGGAGCUGGAGCGUCUGACCAACCCGCUCUACGAGGCCAACAGUCUUGUGAUCUGGCCCUCUGUGGCCCCUCAGAGUCUGCUGCUAUGGGAAGGAGUGUUCCUUCGCUGGAACCGCUCCUCCAAGUGCUUGGAUGAAGCCUAUGAGGAAAUGGUACAUAUAAUUGAAUACAACAAGGAGCUACAGAACAAAGUAAACAGCCUACGCAGGCAGCUGGCCCAGCUGGAAACCGAAGAUCCCCUGCUGCAAACACCAUAGGGAGAGAGGGUGGAGCUGCCAAAGGAGGCAAGUUGAGAGAAAGAGGUAGAAAAAUGUGGAAUAUAACUAAAUAUAAAAACAGAUCAGUAUCAGCCUAGUUUUAAGCUUCAUUAGCCGUUAAUUGUUUUCAUUUUUUUUAUAUAUUUUGAUUUCUGUACAGAUGAAAAGUGAAUUGAAAUUGGCCCUAUGCCUACAUCAACAUCAAAAUCAACCUCUUUGAUUUUGCUUGAAUGCAGUUAUUCUUUACGUAGCCAACAUGACUUAAUUGUCUCAUUGGAACUAAGCAGGAGUGAGAGGGAAACGUGCAGAAAGAAAAAAAAAAAAAAAAAACACAGCCAGUUAUUUCUCAGAGAGUGCUGCUAAAAGCCAAACAAUCCUUUGUCUCACAGGCCUCAGAUAAGAGUGAGCAAGCAGAGGUGUAUGUACAGAAAACAGCUUCGUUUUCCUGAAUGAUGCAGUCAGCUAAUGUCACAGUCACUAAGCCUCGUCAAACCGAUAUCUUAACAUUGAGUGAGUGAGGCCAUUUCCUCCCAAAAACUACACGUUGGACUCCUCUGUGUAAUUGUGGGCAUUCAUGUUGUGGAGGAAGGAGAUACGGGGGCAUCUGAAGGACAGUUGGAGAGAAACGGUGUGUAGACGUUCACGUACUACAGGAUGCACAUAUACACCAAACAUACUGCCGAAUGUAUACGCAGCUGAAGCACUGAGGAGUAACUAUGGCAACUUAUAGGGUGCUAUAGGGCAGCAUGUGACUCUGCUGCAUGCUGAGAUGAUAUAAUAUGCGUAGGUAGGGUCAGCACCUACUGUACUGUUCAAUGAGAGGGGAGGCUUCUUUAAUACGAUUCUGACCAAAAUAUCCUGAUUAUUGGUAUGUUUGUCAGAUCAUUACUUGACAUUCCAGUUAAUAGCAUGGCCAUAGAGUUGAAUUAAUCACACAAAAGGUUUAUAAUAUAAUGUAUGAUGAAACCUCAUUAAACAAUAAUAUCCAUCAGCUUUUCAAAUCUUAUUAUGAAUAAUAGUAAACUGUUAAAAAGUGUCUAAGAGCAUGAUGUGGAAAAAGUGUAAUGAUGAUGCUGAGGGUCUUGUUGUCAUCGUUAUGGUAACAGCUUAAUGUGAGAAACUGCUUUAAAGACCAAUGUAUAUUUUGGUAACUAAAGCUAUAUAAUGUCAUGUUCAAAUACAUUAUGAAUCAAAAUGCACAUCUGCUGUUAUGUGGUAUAACAUUCUAAACUAAUGCACUUUGUGUGAAAGGCAUUUCAAUUACUUUAUGUGUAUAUAUGUGCGAAGCCAUUGUACCACAAUAUCAGAAACAUACUCUUCUAAUUAUAAUUGUUGUAAUUAGCAUUCUUUCUUUUUAGUGCUCACCAAGUGGUUGCCAUGAUAGACAAAAGAUGUCUUAAUAUUAAAUGUGAAAAACCAAUAUAUGCCAAUAGAUCUAACUAAUGAAACUCAAACCUGCAUUUACUCAAUGUCUGAGCACAACAAAAAAACUCUCCACCAACCUUGGACUCAUCAUAGAAAAGCAGUGGUCAGGAAAGCCACGUCAAAACAUUGUUGGUGUUGGUGGUUUCUAAACCUCUAAUUAAUUGCAACUAACUAUGUUUAAAACAGCUUCACCUAAAUUAAAGCUCAUCUUACACCAUUGUCCAUGGGUAAACUUAGUUUCAAUUAGCCUAAUACUUUAAAGAAAACUUUAUGCUGCACUGUAAAUGCAGUCUUGGGGUAAAAUUCAAUCAGCAGUGUUCAUCACUGGCAAUUCUUAUUUGUUUUGCCAGUAAUAAAAUAUAUUUUCAUUGACUAAUUUCCAUGUUAUCUUCUUACAUUUCAUAUAUUUUGCUUCAAAGAAUGAAUAAUGUAUUAAUCACACUAAACAGAAUUGACUCCAGCCACUACAGUGAACUGCUUUGUAAAGGGAAUGUUUACAUGUAUAUUUCAUGCCUGCACUAUGUACAUUGUUUCCUUCAGCCAAAAAGAGACACCUCACCUUGAUGCUUUGUGUGUGCAUGAAUGGAACAAUGAGUUUCACCAAGUAAUAGUGUGAUUUUAUAAUGAUGAAAAUGUCUUGCGUUCAUCUUCCUCAAAUGCUUGUCGCUUUGUCAAAACAGUCAACAAAACUCUUAAAAGAUUAUCAGCACUGUUGACAAUGUUGUUGUCGUUGCACUUUUCAACUUUGUGCAAAGCCUUACUGUAAAAUCAGAAUUGAAAAAUAAACAUUUACGUUUUUUUGUCAGUAAAUUA